UAAUAUUUGUCGGCGCAGGGCUCUGAUUUGAGAUGCAAAAUUUUGUUGACUAUCCGCAGAAAAAGUGAUGAAAAACGUAGAAAGAAAUUAAAUUAAUUGGCAAAAUAUGCAUUAUUUGAUGCUUGUAAAUAUAAAAGUUUAAUAAGAAAUAGACAACGUUUAAAGUAAAAGUGCAAUAAAGAGAUUUUUUGAAGCAAUUAAAAAUAAAAUAUGAGUGACUCGGAUGAGGAUGCUCGUGAACAGGUGCGUCUGAUAAAACAUCGUGAACUGAGACAGGCGGUAUCCACUGGAGAUGAGCGUACUGUACGUGUGCUUUUGGAAGCUUUGGGCAGUGAAAGACAAAUAAUUGUCAAUAUGGCACCGGCAGGGGCAAAUACUUUGUUAUUUUUAGCCUCUCAGUCUGGUUAUGAAAGUAUAACAAAUCGUUUAUUAGAUGCUGGUUCGGAUGGUCGUUCUCAUACCGUAACAAAAUAUUCACCGCUAUACGCUGCGGUACAUAAUGGUCAUUAUAAUAUUGCCAAAACUAUGUUAGAAAAGUUUCCAGACUUGAUACAGCAACCCACAGUUGAAAAAUGGCUUCCUCUUCAUGCUGCCUGCAUCAAUGGUCAUAUAGAAUUACUCGAAUUACUUAUCAAUUUUUCCUAUCCCGAUUACCUCUACUCAACAUAUCGCGAUGAAGAAGGCGUCUGGGAAUGGCGUCUACCCUUCGAUCCUAAUGCUCAAGAUGUUACCGGACAAACUAGCCUCUAUAUAGCCAGUAUUUUAGGCAAUAAAGCUCUAGUCAAUGUUUUAGUCAAAUGGAAAGUAAAAGCUCGCAAAACUUGUGCACAAAGUCCCCAAAGUAAUCCCAUAACACCGACACGCAAACGUAUUUCGUUUGGUAUACAAGCCAUAAUGUCCAAAUUGAAUAUAAGCGGCGAUGGUGAGCAGGCACUUAAAGAAGAGUCUCUAGAAUGUGAUAAAUGUCCGAUAAAUGUAAAUCUAUUGUGUGGUGCGGCGCGGGAGACUCCCUUAUUGGCGGCAGUAAGAGGCAGUUUUCUAGAUGUUGUUACUGUGCUCUUGCAGAAUGGUGCAAAUCCAAAUAUUAUUGCCAAACCAGUAGAGGAUCACAAUGAUCCCAAGUGUAGUGAGGAAAUCUAUGGUCUGAGUAAUGUUCCUAUAGCUGAGGCGUGUAAACAAAGAUCUUUGCCAAUGGUGGAGUUGUUGUUGAAAUAUGGUGCUCGCGAUGAUAAUGGCUCUGCUUUAAGUGUGGCUGUAGCUUCAGAGGAUGAAUCUAUUUUAAAUUGCCUACUUGCCAAACGUGUCCAUCCUGACUCUGAUUAUAAAAUCAAUAAGAAAGGCUUACCCACACCGGUGGAAGUUAAAGUUUUUAUGCCUUCUGCUACAAAUAUUUCCUAUAGUACAAUGUUUCCCAAUACUCCGGUCAUAAUUGAUUGGCACAAUAAUAACAAUGUCCAGUUACCGUUCGUAAGGGUCAAUUGGAUGGUUAAUGGUGUCUUACAAUUAAAUCCGAAACUACAAGGUCAUCCUAAAAUCACCGAAGUAGCUUUGACCGCCAUAACACGUAUUGAUUUUUCUCAUAAUCAUCUUAUUAGCUUGCCUAUCGAGAUUUUCAGUUUGGUUUCUCUAAAAUAUUUAAAUGUAGCACAAAAUAAAAUAACACAAUUACCCACACCAGCCGCUAAUACACCCGGUAGUAGGGCUUCGUAUUCUUUGCCGGUUUUAGAAGAAUUCUAUAUACAAGAUAAUCAAUUGAUAAGCAUACCAGCGGAAAUAUUCCAUUUACCUGCCUUAGCUAUAUUGGAUAUUUCGAAUAAUAAACUACAAGAGAUGCCCUUUGAUAUGUGGAAAGCCCCUAAGUUGAGAGAAUUAAAUAUUGCCUUUAAUCUGCUAAAAGACUUGCCGGUGCCACCCAUGCAAACCUCUUCUUCACAAUUGAGUUUGGAUAAAUUAGACUUGGAGCCGUUUUCCAAUUUCGAUGUCUAUGGCAAUGAUAAUAAAAGUAAAACUCGCAUACUCACCCUACAGCCAUUGGUGCAUCGUAAUAUCUGGUUUUCUAGUUUAGAGAUCACCGACAACGAUAUGAAAUGGAAUGAAUCGAAAAAGGAAGAGGGUGUUUCACAGCUUAAUAGUUUAAAUAUUGCAAAUAAUUUAUUUACCAGCAUACCGGCCGCAUUACCCUGCUUGGCUGUUAAUUUGACACGUUUAAAUAUGUCCUACAAUAGUUUGCGUUCCAUGGGUCAUGUUACCAGUUAUCCAGCUACACUCAAACAAUUGGAUUUAAGUCACAACGAAAUAUCUUGUUGGCCCAGUUUGCCGCGUAUAACCGAAUCAGAUCCUCAUCUUUUGUGCUAUAGUUUUGUGGCUCAAAAUCAAGGUGGUGAAAAUGAUGAAAUACCCUCUUUUGCCAAACAUAAUCCCAACAAUCCCAAGUCAUCCUCAUUUAGAAGCACGGUGUUGAAAAGUGUUUGUCGCCAUAGGAGACACUUGAGAUUGGAAUCGUUGAGAACUUUAAUUUUGGCUGACAACCUGCUGACACGCAUACAAUUGUCCACGGAUGAUGUGACAACACUUUUUAAUGAUUGCGAUGACUCAGAUUGGAGUGUAGUGGGCCUAACUAAAUCCAAACUAAUAUUUCCCAAUCUCUCCAUGUUGGACAUUAGCAAUAAUUGUCUCAAAGAGAUACCCACUUCUCUGCAUGAGCUCACCAGUCUUAGUGUUUUGAAUAUAAGUGGCAAUGUCAAUGUAAUGGAUUUACCACCACACUUGGGUUUACUAACACGUCUUUGGAAUCUUAAUACGCGUGGCUGUCUUUUACAGGAUCCUCUCAAGUCCAUGAUUGAAAGUAAAAAGUAUAAGACCAUGGAUAUUAUCGGUUAUUUGAAAUCGAUUUAUGAAGAUGCUCAGCCCUAUGCACGCAUGAAAUUAAUGGUGGUGGGUGUGCAAGGCAUAGGAAAAACUACACUACUAGAUUUACUACGUCAGGGUGUAGGUUCUCAAAGAUCCAGAGCUUCGGAAAAUCAUUGGGCUAAACGCAUGGGUCAUACCAAGAACUUGUCUAGGUCUCAGCGUGGCGGUAAUAUUUCUACAGUAGGUGUUGAUAUUGGCACUUGGAUUUGUGAGAAGAGAAAAAAGGCUCCUGGUUCUCAUGGUCCGGUAAUGUUUCGCACCUGGGAUUUUGGUGGACAAAAAGAAUAUUAUGCCACCCAUCAAUAUUUUCUCUCCAAACGUAGUUUGUAUUUAGUUUUGUGGAAAAUCACCGAUGGCCACCAGGGACUAGCGGAGAUUUUACAGUGGUUGGGUAAUAUACAAGCUAGAGCUCCUAAUUCUCCUGUCAUUAUAGUGGGCACACAUUUCGAUGCGGUAGGUGAAACAUUUUCCGCCGAAAAAGCCGAGGAAUUGCAACAAAUCAUUAGGGAAAAAUUCAUAGCCAUACCGGAUGCUGAAAAGAUUGGUCUACCUCGUGUUAUAGACUCUAUAGAAAUAAGUUGUCGAACCAUGCAUAAUAUACGCCUAUUGGCAAAUAUUAUAUACGAUACCGCCUUUAUGCUAAGAUCACCCGGUUCCAAAGAACCUCUACUAUUACAAAAAAUACCCGCCAGUUAUAUAGCCCUGGAAGAUAUUGUCAAUGUUAUUUCCUGUAAUCUAAGAGCCGCUGGUUUAGAUCCUGUUCUCGAUGCUGAAAACUAUAGAAAACUAGUGACUGAAGAAAUGCGUUUGCACAAUUAUAAAAGUUUUCGCGAUUCGUCGGAACUUAAUCAAGCCACUAUGUUUUUACAUGAUAAUGGUGUGAUUUUACACUAUGAUGAUGCCACUUUAAGAGAUUAUUAUUUUCUUGAUCCUCAGUGGUUGUGUGAUAUGUUGGCUCAUGUGGUAACUGUUAGAGAAAUUAAUCCAUUUGCUCGUACCGGCAUCAUGAAAUUGGAUGAUUUAAAUUUACUAUUUCGCAAUACAAAUAGUCAGCAGGGUAUGAAUACUAAUCGUUCCUAUAUAGUAAGUCUUUUGAAUAAAUUUGAAGUGGCUCUGACCUGGGAUUCCAGAACUCUAUUAAUACCCUCGCUGUUGCCGCAAAAUGAAGAUGUAACACCCAAUACUGGAACAGUCGUUAAGAUCUCCCAGCGUACUCGUGGUCGUAAUUUAAAUUUAGGCUGCUCUGUAUCAAAUGAAAUCAAUUUGAAUAGUUUGAUUUAUAAACCAGUGGAUAACAAUAGCAACAGCAUGAAUAUCAGCGAUUCUAAUAUUUUGGAAAUGGGUCUAAGACGUAUUUUACUAAUGACCUAUUUUCCCUCAGGCUUUUGGUCUCGUUUAAUCACCAGACUUUUAGCAGAUGAACAAUUAACUGAAGCUAUAAAAUCCGCUUAUAUACCCUCGAAUGAUCAUUCUCUUGAAUUCGAUUUGCGCACAUCUCUGGAACAUGAUACACAAUGGAAUUUAUGGCAAACUGGUGUAUCGUUGUAUUACGGUCCCAUAUUAGUUUUUAAAAUAUGGGAAGUACCAUUUCCUUUGGCGGCCAAUACCCAACCGUUUCGUAAUACAAACAAUCGCUUUAAACUUAAACUGGAUGGUGUCUGGAGCGAUAUAAAUCUGUGUAACUCUAGUAUAUUGGAAAUUUAUUUUCCCCUUACACACAUUAAUAUAUUGCAAGAAAUCGAUGAUGGCGAGAGACAGCAUUUGGCACGGGUUGAACCCAACAUGCCGGUGAUUGCUAAACUAUUGGCAUUAUCUGUAGAUCAUAUUGAUUUGCUGCUUGAAGAUUGGUAUCCCUCGUUGGGUACACGUUUUGUGCACACAUCCGAGGGAAGAUUUUUAAUAACACGCUUGGUUAUGUGUCCCAAGUGUUUGAAAAAGUUGGCUUUAAAUGGUAAAAAGGCGGAAGGCAAUGAUGGCGGUUCGAAUGGUGAGUCUUCGGACAAUUCAGCGGCCAUGGGUGCUGUUGGCUAUACAAAUAAAUAUCGUGCUAGACGUCCUUUAUAUUUGCAAAAUGAUAAUAACGAGGAUGGUGCUCUUAAUGUAUUUUCUGCCUAUUUAAAUGCUACCGCUAAAAGGGAAAGAAGAUCGGAAGAUUCUCUUUGUUCUGAUGCAGACUCUGGUGUAGGACCAGAUUCUGCCGGCUCUUCCCGCAACACCUCUGUGGAUAGUCAUCCUUUAUACAAUCUACCCGAUAUAUCAAAUGUCUGUUAUACCUGGAUGAUAGAAGAAUGUAUAUUGUCGGUUUAUAAUCAAACUAAAAUCUCUUGUCCCGUACAUUUGGAAAUGCACAUGUUAAAUUUAGCACCCGAUGUUGUAUUCGCCGAUAUACCAGACAAGUAUACCAUUAAUUCGGAAAGCAUUAUUAAGGGUUCCCUCUUGGGACGAGGAGCAUUUGGUUUUGUUUUUAAAGCUACUUGUAAAAUUAAAAAUUCUCGUUCUUUUAGAGCGGUAGCCAUGAAAAUGCUGCAACCUGUGCCACCUGGUCCUAGAGCCAAAGAGAGUGCAUUAAUGGCUUAUAAAGUGGCUUUGGGGAAAUGGGAUCGUGAUCCUUUACAGCAUGCUUGCAAAGCUUAUUGUACUGCCCGACAAGAGUUGGCUGUACUGUUAACUCUUAAACAUCCAAAUAUAGUGCCGCUGGUGGGUAUUUGCAUAAAACCUUUGGCUUUGGUCUUGGAAUUAGCUCCUAUGGGUGGUUUGGAUUCUAUCUUAAGACAACAUCGGCGCAGUGGUGCUCACAUAGGACCUCAUACAUUCCAAAUAUUGGUUUUGCAAGCAGCUCGUGCUAUUGAAUAUUUACAUCGUCGUCGCAUUAUUUACCGGGACUUGAAAUCGGAAAAUGUUUUAGUUUGGGAUUUUCCCCAGCCACACGCCGAGGACAGUCCUCGUAAUAGUGUUCAUAUUAAAAUUGCUGACUAUGGUAUAAGUCGUCAAACGGCUCCCAGUGGCUCUAAAGGAUUUGGUGGCACAGAAGGUUUUAUGGCUCCCGAAAUUAUACGUUAUAAUGGUGAAGAGGAAUACACAGAAAAGGUUGAUUGCUUUUCAUUUGGCAUGUUUAUCUAUGAGAAUAUUAGUUUACGUCAACCUUUUGAAGGUCAUGAAUCUAUUAAGGAAUGUAUUUUGGAGGGUAGUAGACCAGCUUUGACACAAAGAGAAACACAAUUUCCUACAUAUUGUUUAGAUCUAAUGGUUUUGUGUUGGGACGAACUGCCUAAAAAGCGACCAACUGCCAGCCAAAUUGUAUCCAUACUUACUGCUCCGGAAUGUAUACAUCUUUUGGAUGUUAUAGCUUUGCCGUUCAAUGAUAAAGUUGUGUGUGGAGCUUUUAGCUAUAGUCACACAAAUAAUAUUGAAGAUGAUACGACCGGCCUUGAAUUAUGGUUACCCGCUUACAACUCACACAUAGAUAUCUUAGAUACAACGCUACAAGGUCAAUUUCUACAAUCGAGUAGUAUCAAAUGCACAAAUAAAUUUUCACCCCAAGAUCAAAAAUCUCCUCGUGUCGAAGAGGUCAAUCAUAAAUCUUCCUCAUCGUCACCCAUAAAUACUCCUUCCACUCUACAAGCCGGCUCAACGGGUUCAUCUUCGCGUACCCCCUCCGCUACACGUUUGCCAAAAAUUAAUAUGCUCUGCUGUUGCAUUAUUGAACAAUGCAUAUGGAUGGGUGAUGCUUCCGGUACUCUACACUCCUAUAGUCUGGCCGAUUAUAGUCAUAUAUUUUCAUAUAUAUUGGAUCCAGCCAUUAAAUCACCGCUAAUAACACUAGUAUAUUUGCGCGAUAUACAACGUGUUGCUGUGGGUCUACACAAUGGUCGAGUGUUUUUGGUAGAUUCAUCGAAGGUGCCCUCUAACUGUGCAUUUGCAGAGGGUUCGUUUGUUUUGACCGAAAUUUGUUCGGGUUUAAUAUUGCAUUGUUCGUGUGCGGUUAUGAUAGAGGGAACUUAUGAAUUGUGGUGUGGCGAAAUGGCUGGCAAACUGAAUGUUUUUCCUCUUAGUAAAACUGGUGUCUGUGGUCAUCAGGCUUUGUGUCACAGUGAUGAACCGAAUGCUAUAGAAGAUUUAAAGGUGGCCAGGAUGUGCAGUAAUGAAACAUAUGUUUUCACUUGCCUGUAUCCUGGUUUUAUGGUUUAUCAAUGGCAUGCGGUUAAUAAACAAAUUGAAAAUAAAUUAGAUUGUUCCAAACUCUUGCCCUGUUCCGAAUCAUUAAAAAGCAUUGCUAUAGAUGAACAUUUAAGUCUAAUAAAAUGUCAAAUUUCUGCUCUCUGUACACAUGGCAAGGAAUUGUACAUUGGCACCACCUGGGGUUGCCUAAUCAUAGCUGAAGUCAAUACUUUAAGACCAAUUACCGUUUUUCGUCCUUAUGAAAAUGAAAUCAAAACCAUUAUAGCCGUACCAAAUCAAAAUGUACCUCUCAUAGCAACCAUUGGUAGACGUUAUCGUUCGUUAAUAUCCCGUUAUAUGGAUACGGUGGAGUCAUUGACUACAAAACACAUUUCUACACCCACACACGCCUUUGAACAUUUGAAAAAUCAAUAUAAAAAUCAACCACAGGAUGUUGAUAAUCAUAUACAUGUUUUAUUGUGGAAGGCUAAAAAUUGGACAUAAAUUUUGGCUUAUGAGGAAGAAAAAUGGCCAACAAUUUAAAUCAUAAAUUUUAAUAAUAAGAUGUUUUUAAAACACUCAAGCACUACAACUAAUAUUAUGCACCAAUCUCUCUUUCCUACAUUCUAAUAACUUCGUGUAACUCAUUGAUACUCAUUUACAUGUAAACAAACUCUCUUAUUUUUCUAUUUUAUUUUAAACAAUUUCUUUAAGUAUUUUGUAAACUAAGACUGGCUUUAUAACUGGGGACAAGAGUUCCUGUUUCUUAUUUUCAAAAUUUUUAUUUUCAAUCCUUUUAUUGAGGGCAAUUAUCAUGGAUGGAAUAUUCAGUACUAUCGUAUGUUUUCAGUACUUUAUGACAUUUAGUAGUACUAAAAAACGCUAACAACAUAUUACAAGUAGACUUUUUUUUUCCCUAUCAAGAACUUUUGAAAUAAUUCUGAUAAUUAUCAAUAUAAUAAUGACCUGUAGACUAGACUAUAGAAUGGUCAAUUGAUUAGUCCAUAGACUAGUUUGCGUACUAGAUAAUAGAUUAGUCCAUAGACUAGUUUAUAUAAUAGUCGAUGCACUGGUCCAUAGACUAGUUCAUAGAUUAGUCCAUAUGCUAAUCAAUAGAAUAGAUCAUGAGCCAGUCUAUAGACUAGUUCAUAAACUAGUUCUGAGAUUUGUCCAUAGACAAGUCAAUAGGUAGUUUUAUUCACAACUCAAUAUAAUAGACCAUAGAUAGGCUAAUCAAUAGAAUAGACUUUAAACUAGUUCGUAGACUAGUUCAUAGUCUAGUUUAUAGAUUAGUGUAUAGGCUGUUCUCAAUAGACUAGGCCAUUGAAUUGUCCAUAGAAUAGUCCACAGACUAGGCUUUUUCCCCUUAAAAGAAAACGUCACAAUACAAAAAUUUGCGUUUUUAUAUGAAUUGCUUUCUAUACAAAAGUGAUUCAAAAUGUUUUUAAUCAUUAACAAACCAUUAAAUUAUUGUAUUUGACAAUUUACAGUUUGUAACUGUUUUGAUUUUAUAUAAUUUUAUAAAGGACAAAUUUAAGAAUUUCUGGAAUUUUAAACUUUUCUUUAUUUGGAAAGAUUUUUUUUAACGAUUAGAUUUUCAAAAAAUUAACUUUCGAAUAAUAUCAUAAGAGUAACUUUCCUAGUAUUCUAUUUAAUGAUAUUUAUAUUUAAUAUAUGUUUUUUUUUUUAAUUAAUUCAUUAAUAUUUUAGCAGUAUUAUUUAUUAAUUUCUUUUACAUUAAGUAUUUUUUUUUUUUUUAUUUAAUACAAUUUAUUAUUUAUAUAAUUAUAUAAUUAUUUAACUUAUACAUAUAUGUAAUAAUGAUUUCUCAAAUUGUAUUUUGUUAACAUUCCAUUCUAUGUAUUUUAAAUAAUAUUAAUAAUAAAAAAACAAACAAAACAAACUUUUAACUUUUUAAAAGCUUAUUUUGUAAAAUUC